AUGUCGUACUUCAGCUCUCAGUUCUCUUCCUCUCCCGUCCUUACCAUGUCUCCCCAACAUGCCCACCAGUCUAUGGGCAUGGCAAGCUUCGGACACCACACACCACCCCGAUUUGCAGCUAUGCCAAGCCAGUUUGCUCCUCAGCCUGUUCGACCUUCUGCAGCUGGUAGAAAGCGUUCCCGGGACGAGGCCUCUGAAAACCUUGAGCCUGACUUGAAGUCCCUGCCCGUUGAAGAGCCCGAAGAGGAAUGGAUCUACGGCCCGGGCAUGACCCUCAUUAAGAAGAGCACUCGCUAUGUCACAGACGCCAGCAGUCAAUCCGGCACCUGGGUUGAGGAGAAGAAGGCUGCUGAAGAGGCCGCCAUCAAGGAGGCGCGCUCUCUCAUCAGAAAUCCGAAGCUGCAGCGCGUAUCGCCCACUCUAUCCAGCGCACCUGCAGCCAGCACUUCUUCCCUUCAGCCUGAAGUCAAGCCUGCUAUCGAGGGUCCCAUUGUCGAUAACUUCACUCUGCAUCUCGGCAUCGGCUGGCGAAGAAUCAGUGAAGAAGAGCACAUCCAAGCCGCUGCUCGUGGUUGGGCUCGUUACAUAGAGAACCACUUCCCUGUUUCCAAUGCUCGAAUCCUUCUUGAGAGCAACGGUCUCCAGUCGUAUCUGGUGGAGACCAACGAGGGCUUCUUCCUAUUUGCCGAGAAUCUCCGACAAGGCCAACUCGUCAGCCACAAUGCUGAGGGCGCACUCCGAAAUCUUCAAUGCUCUCCUCCUACCUUUGACGGACAGGAGGUUCUUUCAGCAGCCGAAUCACCGCGACCAACCAACGCUGUCCCUGAUAUGGACAUGAGCAUGGACUAG